GCACGUCGAGCAGCACGGAUCGCAGAUAUGAAGAAUCAGAUGAAUGAACUCAUGGCCGAAAAGUACCGCGCUUUGUGCAAAUUGACACAUGUCAGGACAGGUCAGAGCCUGCAGCCCGAUAUCCGAGCUAUGUGUUCCAAGAACGCUAAGAUUAUAGAGAAUCUGAAGAAGCUGCUCGAAGUAAAGAAUAAAAUGGAUCGUUCCUGCGAUGAUCAAAGCAAGAAAGCCAACGAGGCCAAGGAGCCGCUGAUGAAGGAGAGUCCCUUUGAUGAAUACACUGCGAUGCCAUACCAUGAACUAAAGAAAUGCAUUGCCGAGGUGUCUAAGAGAGUGGCCAAAAUACGUGAAGAGACUUCUGCUAAAGCCGAGGAGCUUUUGAUUAAAAAGAAGUCAUUCAUCGAUACCAAAAAGUCCUUGCUUGGUGAAAUCCGUGCUCUAGCGCACGUCGAACGGGAUGCCACCGAAUUGAUCGAAAACCUUAAAUCGGAAAUUUCCAUCCAGAAGUCGGUCAAAAAACUCAAUCGUUACUAAUGUAGAGAAUACAACAUAUAAUGAAGAAGCCAAACGUUUAUCAUUACUAUUU